AUUGUCGAUAUGAUCUGGGGACUUCGGGUCCUUUUUGGGGUGUCCGUCCUUCUUCUCGGCGCUGAAUGCAGAAUCCACGGGGGGAAGACGCUGAUUUUCCACCGAGCUCAGCAGGAUGAGAGCCGGGGCCAAGUUCUCCCACGCUCCAGAAGGGAUACUCACAGCUUCCCAGGUGUUUCCAAACCUUCCCACGGCCCCCCCUUCACCUUCUGUCGGCUCCCACUCACCCCCGCUGAACAUGAGGUUCUGGAUGACAACACACAUGAGGUGGUCCUGGUGCUGUCAACAUUAAGUGCUCCAGUUCAUUCUUCUCAUGAAGGGGGCUCCUCGCGACUUUACCGAAGCACGGAUUAUGGCAAAUCCUUUCAUGACAUUUCUCGGAGCAUCAACCACACUUUUAUCAAGGAGGAAUUUGGAGUCAGUGUUGGACCUGGGAUCUCGGUGAUUUUAACAGCAGACACGCCGGUGCUCAACAAUCCAGGCGGGAUCAUCUUCACUUCCACAGAUGCUGGUGCAACCUUCAAGUUCAUCCAACUGCCCUUUCACCUGGCACAGCCAAUCACGUACCACUUCUCCAACCCUGACUACCUUGUGGCCUUAAGCAUUGAUAGCGGUCUGUGGCUGUCAUUGGACUUUGGGGCCAAGUGGGCAAAAGUUCAUGAUGGAGUGUAUUCUUUCUCGUGGGGGGCUGGCAUAAAUUUGUUCUUCAGCUGCAGUCGAGUAGAUGCAGUUGAGGCAGAAGAGAGGGGAGAUUUAAUUCUGAAAAGGACAAAGGAUUUGGGGAAGACCUUCACCAUAAUCCAUGAAGACAUUUAUAGUUUUGGCUACAUUGGAGCCUUUCUCUUCUUCUCCGUUAUGGAAGACUCAAGAUCUCCACGUGUCAUGUAUUUCUCAUCAGACCAAGGAGAUACUUUCAGUCAAGCACUACUCCCUUCUGCGUCCACUGAACAGUUUUACUCCAUCCUGGAUGGAGAUGAGGAUAUGCUCUUCCUGCAUGUGGACAACCCAGGAGACACGUUCUUUGGGACCAUGUACACUUCAGACGACCGUGGGAUCUUGUUCUCCAAAUCUCUGGAGCGCCACCUGUUUGAUGGACAGAGAAAGAGUGAUUUUACCAACAUUACAUCACUGAGAGGAGUAUACCUCACUAAUAAACUAGACAUGGAUGGCCGUAUAAGAUCUGUCAUUUCCUUUAACAGGGGAGGAUCAUGGAGACUACUUAACAAACCUGAGAAUGUAAAGUGUGGAGACAACGUCAGGAGUUGCAACCUCCAUAUACAUGGGGAGCACAGUCGUAUUAACCGUAUAGUUCCCAUGCUGGCUCUGUCUGAGCCAACUGCUGUUGGCCUGGUUAUUGCCCAUGGCACUGUAGGUGAUUCCCUGUCAUCAUCGCAGCACCCUGAUGUGUUUGUUUCUUCUGAUGGAGGCUAUAACUGGAGGGGGACACUGAGGGGUCCUCAUCACUACAGUAUAUUGGACUCUGGAGGUCUCAUUGUGGCUGUGGAGGCCCAUCCUGAAGGACAAGUCAAGACUAUCAAAUUCUCUACAGACGAGGGCCGGUGCUGGAAGUUGUAUAACUUUACCGAGCAGCCGUUCUUCUUUGCAGACCUGGCGUCUGAGCCAGGGACCAAUGCCAUGACUGUCAGCGUGUGGGGCUUCCGGCCCGAGGAAGACGGCCAGCCCAUGUGGGUAGCCGUCACCAUUGACUUCCAGAGUCUCAUUACCAGAGAAUGUAACGACAACGAUUAUGAAGCGUGGUUGGCUCAUUCGACAGAAGGAGGGGACUCGGAGAGAAACGGCUGUGUCCUUGGUCUUAAGGAGACCUACAGGAGGCUGAAGAAGCAGUCUGUGUGCCGAAACGGGCGAAGCUUUGAGGUGAAGAAGCAGCAAAGCCCCUGUCUGUGCACCAGAGGAGAUUUCUUGUGCGACUAUGGUUAUUACCGCCAUGUGAACACCUCAGAGUGUGUGAGACAGCCAAAUGCUGCAAAUAAAACCUUGGAGGUCUGUCUGAAUGGAGAGGAGGAUGAGCUUCUGACAGCAGGUUACCGCAAGGUCCCGAGUGAUAGGUGCGAAGGGGGGUUCAAGCCUCAGCUCACAGAGCAGACAGUCAGAACCUGUGGCACUAAACCCAGCCCUAGUCCACCUGCAAAAUCCACAUCUUCAGUCACACACUUUGACACUCCGCGAGAAAAGCUGGUGUUGAUCCUGGUGUGCGCAGGAGCAACCCUCAUCGUCCUGACAGCUAUUGUUUCUGCCGUGAUUGCUGUCAGGAGAGUGGUUUACAGACACAGGGCACCCAUUUAUCGUUUCUCCAACCUCCAAAUCCGGGAUGACACAGCUGAUCAAGAAAGUGGCACCAGUAGCAACGGCACAGCCUGCCAACAGGACUCAGAUGAUGAUCUUAUUGAAUGACACACCAGGUAUGAUUGAAACCAGCUGCACUGAAAAGGACUGCUUGCUUUUGUUGGACUUGAC